AUGGAAGUUGAUAACAAAAUAAGCGCCAUGUUUUCAGGCGAUAAAAUAAAUAUCACCGAAGACAGAGGUGUUGGGCACAUGGCUUUAAGAGGGACGUACAUGAAAAUAGACAAUGAGCCGGUUUGCUCAACCAUUACAAAAGUUAAAAUAAACAUGUUUGAGUUUGCUGAUGGUGUUCGAGAAGGAAAAAUAUUAGGUUACACCAACAAAAAACUGAAAAACAUAUUGUGUAUUGGAAUUGGUGGAUCUUAUUUAGGUCUAGACUUCGUAUACAAUGCUUUUAAAUCUUCUCCAGAAUGUGAACAAGCUACGUUCGGAAGAAAUUUAAGAAUAAUUGCAAACGUAGAUCCAGUUGAUUUUCAUUCUUGUGUCAAAGGCUUGAACCCUGAAGAAACACUAGCCAUUAUAAUCAGCAAAACAUUUACAACUGCUGAAACGAUGCUUAAUGCUAAAACUGUUCGAGAUUGGUUUUUAAAGCAUUACAAAAACAACGAAAACAUUAUCAAAUAUCAUUUUUGCGCAGUAUCAACAGCAGUUGACAAAUGUGUACGUUAUGGAAUAUUAGAAAGUCGUAUUUUCGCUUUCUGGGACUGGGUAGGUGGUAGAUAUAGCGUUACUUCGGCUGUUGGAAUUUUACCACUGGCUCUUCAUUUUGGUUCUGAGAUUUGUAGAUCGUUUUUGGCUGGUGCUCAAGAAGCAGAUACUGACGUAAUUAAAAACAAAAAAAAUUCAAUUUCAGCUUUACUAGCCAUGAUUUCGUUCUGGCACACCGUUUAUUGCAAGUAUAAUGCUACUGCUAUAAUUCCUUAUAGCCAAGCCUUGUCACGAUUCCCAGCACACAUUCAGCAACUAUCCAUGGAGUCAAACGGUAAAGCUGUCCAAAUUAACGGUGAAUUGAUAAGCAACGCUAACAUGACGGGAGAAAUAAUUUUUGGGGAACCUGGAACCAAUGCUCAACAUUCUUUCUUUCAAUUAAUUCAUCAAGGUAGAAUUAUUCCUUGUGAAUUUAUUGGAUUUUGCAAGUCCCAAGCCAACGUCAAAGUAGAUUCUCACCCUAUCUCUAAUCACGAUGAGUUGAUGUGUAAUUUUUUUGCACAAGCUGAUGCACUAGCUGAAGGACGAUCCGUGGAAAGUUUAAAAGAAAACAACGAAAAACCUGAACUUUAUUUGCAUAAAGCUUUCACUGGAAAUCGACCAAGUCUCUCAAUUCUGUUCAAAAAUACUUUAAAUGCUUAUACUACCGGUUUCUUGUUGGGAAUAUAUGAGCAUAAAGUUGCAAUUCAAGGUUUCUUGUUUAACAUUAAUUCUUUCGACCAAUGGGGUGUUGAAUUAGGAAAAGUUUUGGCUAACAAGGUUAGAGAAACAAUAAAAGAAUAUCGUAGUUCUAAUGUUAAAAAUAAAUCACUUGAAUCACUCGAUGCUUGUGAUAAUAUUUUUGAAUAUUAUCUGCAAUAUUCUAUUUCAAAGCUUAAGAAUGGCUCUGCUCCAUCAAAUGUCUCAACUAAAAAAGACAUUCAAGAUUCUGUAGCAACUGAAGAAGUGGUGGAAGAAAUACCUUUAUACCAUGAAAUACGAGGUGUUGAUAAGAAAAAACCCACUGAUCUUACUAAAUUUUCUCAAAGUUUAGCUGGACAAAAAGAAGCUAUUAAUUUAGGAAAUCCAGCUGACUUAUUGAAAAGGCUACAAAAUUUAACCGGUGGGGGCACUAUAAGAAACUUAUUCCAAAGUGGUUUUCCUGCUAUUUCUAAUCUUAUUGGAGUUGACGAACAAUCAAAUAAUCAAAAUCGUGCAACACGUGUGUUGUCUGAAGUUGAGGAGGUGUUAUUGAUAGAUAAAGGGCAAAAAUCAGAAAAAAAUGAUACAGUAAUAAAACUUGAUGGUUGCUAUUUGAAUGCUAUUCAGGUCAAUGGUGAAGAAGAUUUAGUAGUGAGAUCAAAAUCUGUACAGGCAUGUCAAGCAUUAUGUCAAAAAAAUAAAAGUUGCGAGUACUGUACAUAUGUAAGUGAUCAAGAAUUGUGUUAUCAUUACUCAUCUAUUAGCACGCUGAAAAGUUCGAAAAUUGCUAUAACUGCUCCUAAAUAUUGUUCUGAAGAAGAUAGAAAAGACAAAAAUGACUCUGAGAAUAACGAUGCGAUUAUAAACAAAGACAGAUCGGCAAUGACUAAUGAAAGCGAUCCUUCUGGAGAAUUACGGAGUUUCAAACAAGCCGAAGGCAUUAAGUUGCUUGAUAUAGGUUUAUUUCGAAACCUUCUUAGCGGUUCAGGUUUGGGUGGAUUACUAAGUGGUGGAGGAUCUGCAUUAAAUAUCGGUCAAACCAUUCAAGCUGCAAGUAACAUCCUGACAACUAGUUCUCAAUUGAUGAAUGCGCUACCAUUAAAAGAGCUAUCAGCUUUAACUACUAUGCAUGGACACCGAAAAGUUAACAUUGGAGGAGGUGGAAAAAAAAACUCUACAGCAGUUAGGACUGCUCCUCCUAAAGGACUAGCUUCUCCAACCGUUAUAUGUCACAGCGAGGGGAUGACUUGUUGUAUUCCACGAAUAAACGAUUGGCAAAGACAUCGUCCAUUUUUGAAUAACCACGAAGAUAUUGAAAGUUGUAGAGUCGUAAAGAUGUGGAGUUAUGGUUAG